AUGAAAAAAGUGUUAGUUCUUGAUGGAGUAAAUUUGUCUAUUAAUGAUCUGAAGGACAUUUUAUCAGGAAAUUUAGAUGUUGUUGUUGAAAUUUAGGACCAUGUUAAAAACCAUAUACUGCAAUCCAGAAAUACAGUUGAUCUGAUUGUUUAAAAGAAAAUACCAAUUUAUGGUAUCAGUACAGGAUUUGGGAAAUUCAAAGAAAUUUACAUCCCUCAUUAGGAAAUGGUCGAUUUAUAAAAGAACUUGAUUGUAUCUCAUGCCUCGUGUGUUGGAGAACCAUUAUAACCAAAUAUAGUUUUGGUAAUGAUGAUUUUGAGAUUAAAUUGUUUAAUCAGAGGGUUUUCUGGUGUAAGGAUGUCUCUUAUUGAAUCUCUGCAAUAAGCAAUAAAUAAGAAGCUUAUUCCCAAGGUUCCAUGUCAAGGGUCAGUCGGAGCAUCAGGAGAUCUUGCACCAUUAUCACAUUUAGCAUUAGGACUCAUGGGAAUUGGAGAGAUUUGGAAUGAUGGAUAGUAUAUACCUGCAGAAUAGGCUUUAAAAAUGCAUAAUUUUGAACCUUUAGAAUUCAUGGAGAAGGAAGGAUUGGCUAUGAAUAACGGAACUCAAAUGAUGGCUGCAAUAAACUUAGAAACAUUGAUGAGAUCACAAUACGUUAUGAAUGCUGCAGAUUUAGCUUUGGGAUUAACAAGUUAUGCUUUAUAGACUAAUUAUCGUUUCUUAAGAAAUUACUCUAAGAGUGAUAACAAAUCAAAAAAUAUAGUAUUCAGUUUAAUUGGUGAAGAAUGGGCAGAUCAAAUCAAAACUAAUCCUAAAAGUAUAUAGACUGCAUUUACUACACAUUAAAUUAUUAGAUAGUCUAUUGAAGAGAAUCUAAGAAUUGUAGAAAGAGAGAUCAAUUCAACAAGUGAUAAUCCAAUUAUUGAUAAUGAACGAUAAUCAGCAAGAUCUGGUGGUAAUUUCCAUGGUGAAUAUAUGGGAAUGUUGGCUGAUAAUAUGUGCAUAGCCUUGUAAAGACUUUGUAUCUUUAGUGAGAGAAGACAAGAAAGAUUGGUUAAUUCUGAAAUUGGGGAUUGUGGAUUACCAAUGUUUCUAACUUCAAAAGGAGGAUUAUUGAAUGGAUACAUGAUUCCUCAAUAUACUAGUGCUGCAUUAGUUUCUGAAAAUAAAGUACUUAGCCAUCCUAGUUGCAUUGAUACUGUUCCAACUUCUGCCAAUAUAGAAGAUCACGUAUCUAUGGGAGCCUAUAGUGCUAGAAAAGGAUUGCAAAUUGUUUAAAAUGCAGAAUACAUUAUUGCUAUUGAAUUAAUGUGUGCAGCAUAAGGGUUGGAAUUUGCUAAAAUCUAAUUACCACCUAAGAUUUAAAGUUGUCUCAAAUUCAUCAGAAACAUCAUUCCUGAUGUUAAGACUCAAGAUAUUUUUAUGAACUAAUACAUUGAAAUUAUGGCUAAGAAUCUUAGGGAUGGUCAUAUAAAUCAUUUAAUGGAAGAAUUAUAAUUAUUAUGAAUAUACAUAUUUCUAUUAUAGUCAUCCACCUA